AUGAAACGCAUCGAAGAAUUUAGCGUCCUCUUAGAAAAAGAGUCCAAGCAAGAUGAGGUCUCAGAAUCUGAUAGUGAGGAAGACAAAGACGAUGAAACCGAAGAACAGGAUGAAAACAAUGAAGAUGAGGAGGAAGAUUUAAGCAAGAAAAAUGAAAAUGAGGAUCAGCACGAAACGGAGAAGAAAGAUGAACGUGAAAAAUAUGUAAACAUUGAAAAAAUAAAAAGGAAAUUACAAGAAACAAAGACAAAAUUUGAAAACUACAAACAAAUAACAAAGGCUGAGCUGGAAGCAAAGGAUGUCGAGAUUGCCAAAUUAAUUAAAUUGAACUUAUUCUUGCAAACAACCUUACCGGAAAAGAUCGAAGAAACCGCAAGAUCUUCUAAAUCAAACAAAGCCGCUGAGCCCAUUGCGGAAUGGAAUGACGAAGUGAUUUCAACAGUGGCGAAGCUUAAUUUGAACCCAAAACAAGUAAGGGAAUUGAAAAGCAAAUACAAGUCCUCACUACUCGCAAGAGCUUGCCUUACCUUUUGCUUCCCUAGUGAAGUAUUGGCAAAAUCGGUUGUAAAAGGAGGGAAUCAGCAAUUAUCCAAAGACGACCCAAAAUUGGACGAAGACAAAGUAGACGAUAUAUGCGAAUUUGUCAUGGGCCGCUUUCCGGAGUCUGACCGGAAGAACAUCUUAAACACCCUUGGAUAUAAAGUUCAAGAUCUGAAGCAGAAGGGCAGCGCAUUGGAGAAAUCAACGGAUGCUGAAACCGAGUAA